AUGUCUACAGAUACAGAGUUCAGGUUUUGUGUUGCAAGGCCAGACCCUACCAACCCAUUGUCGGUAAUCAAAAAACAAUUCAGCUGUAAGCAGUUUCACCGACUCACAUUCAAUCUCCUGGGAACAACCUAUGUCGAGUGGAACAUUCCCAAAGGAAAAAGACUUAGCGUUCGAACUCGUCUAACUACCCAGCAUCCAUUUCUCGAGAUAUUAGAUAUGCUGGGAACAGGCCGGAUUCCAUCCCAUAACCUUGAUUUGGUGAUAUUCGUUGAAGUUGCAAGAAACUCCUUCUACACUUGGGGGAAAGUUUAUGAUUACGCCAUCUGUGCGUCCCAUGCCCCGUUGCAAGUAGAGGAAAUCCCAAUCGAGCGAUCCAUCACCGUGUAUGGUCGAAGGGCAGAUUCCAAAACUCCUGAAUUUCUCUUUACAAAUCGAAGCGUUUCGAAUGGAACCCGGUAUUCCUUAAGCCUUGCGGAGUUUGACUCUUUCUAUCUCCAAGUCCAUGGUAUGUACUACAGUGUGUCCCGGUUUCUGAGGAAGCGAGUGGUUUGUAAGACCCAGCAUCCUGCUGGAGUGACACGAUUUUCCUCCAAAUCUAUUGUGGUUUGUCUGAUUUCAUGUUUUUGGAAAGUUUUGGGAUAA